GACCCCUCAAAAACUUCAGAGGAGUAGCAUUCAAUUCUGGUGACUUUGGGGAGUAUUUAUUUAUUUAUUUACUUAUUUCUUCAUUUAAAAAUCACCUUAUGUAACAGACAUUAAUGUAAGUACUGUGUGUGUGUACUGCGGAUCAUUUCAUCUGUUUUAGUUUUUUUUUUAAUUUACUGUAAAGGGAUUUGCUCAAAUUGUCUAGUGUUUUCUAAGCGCUGGGGCCUGGCUGGAAUAUUUUGCGCGCGAGAGGGUUAAUGCUUUGACAUUUUCGGGGUGUAUCUGGGUAAUUUGUCGAUGUUGUGGUUGUUGAUUAAGGUCCGGGUUCUGAAAGGUUUAUUCGAGGAGUAGUGAAAUGAAAUUCUGCAGUGAAAUCAUUCAGAAGCAGGGUUUGUCGUUGCUUUCUGCUUCUUCUCACCUGACUGGUGGUGAUCUUCUGUCCUUCUGCCACAUCUGGGAAGGAGAUAAGUUUGUAUAUCCAUCUGGAUAAACAAAUAAAAAUGAGCUAUGCGUAGUACUAUGUAGAUCGCUCCUUGCAAACAGAACAGCUAAAAAAAAAAAAAAAUCUAUUAAAAAAAAAAAAAACGAAUCCACAACUAUCAUUUUUUUCGUGAGCAAACUAAGUAACCGGUCGUCUAAAUUAACAAAUCACUUUAAAUCACAUCGUUAUACGAGACAAGCAAGCAUUCUUUUAGCAGCUAACGUGCUAACAUUUUUCAUCAGAUCUGCGCCAAGUAAAUUGGAUCUGGAGCACAGGAUGUCCUCAGUCACCUAAAUACAAGUUCGCAUGUACUACUCAUUAACACAGCAGUUUAUUUUAUUUAUUUUUUUUAAUAACAGAAAAAUGGCCGAUCCUGAUUGGUUAAUCCUGAUCAGCAGCUGGGAGCCAAUAAAAGGUGAUUAAACGCACCAAGGCGCGUGCUGAUUGGCUCAGUAGUAUUUUGGGGAGGUUAAAUAUUUAUUAGGAAUGAUAAGGAUGUGGAUUGUUUUAUGGACUUUAUUACAGCUUUAAGGGGUUAUCUGACUCUGAAGUACACUGCUGUGAGCGGUAACUACUCUGUAUUAAUGGGUUUAAACUGUAUAUAAUGAGCUGCGCUGUACAGAUGCCAUGAUAUUCACCCGUUGAUGUUGGGUGAUGGAUAAAAAGAGGAUUGGAGUUAAUAAUAAUAAUAAUAAUAAUAAUAAUAAUAAUAAUAAUAAUAAUAAUGAAUUAAUUACAUGCCAAUUAAGUUCCAAUUAUUCAGUUAAUUCAAAUGGGAUUCAUUUUGGGUGCUCAGCUGUCUGUCUGUUUAUAUAUCUGUUUGUCUAUGUCUCUGUCUAUCUGUUUGUCUAUGUAUCUGUCUGUCUGUCUAUCUGUCUGUCUGUCUAUGUAUCCCUCUGUCUAUCUGUCUGUCUGUCUAUUUAUCUGUCUGUCUAUGUAUCUGUCUGUCUAUCUGUUUGUCUGUAUGUCUGUGUAUCUGUCUGUCUAUGUAUCUGUCUAUCAAUCUAUCAGUCUGUCUGUCUGUCUAUGUAUCUGUCUGUCUAUCUGUCUAUCAAUCUGUUUGUCAAUCAAUCUGUCUGUUUGACUGUCUGUCUCUAUCUUUCUAUCUAUCUAUCUAUCUAUCUAUCUAUCUAUCUAUCUAUCUAUCUCAUUCAGAUUUGUACAUGGAUCCUGGUUGGAGUAAAACAAUAAAUAUCUGUGACAGGAAAGAAAAAGAGUGAAAUCGGACUGAACUCCUUAAAUCGCCUCCGCAUAAUUCUCUUUGCUAAAGAAAGUGAUAAAACAUUCCAGCUUUUUCCGUGAUGAUAUUUCCGCGAUACGAAUGCAAAGUGCAGCGCUACUGUUCCUGUCAUUGCCCAGCUCAGGGAUCAACACACGGACGCGGCUCGGAUACUAAAUUUCGGGUGUACUUCAGAGGAACGUAAGAGAUCUCUUAAUGAGUGUAAGAGCAAACUGCGCCUGUUUCUCCCUCCUUAUCAGGGAAUGUGUGUGUAAAGCCACUCAGCCUGCGGAGAAUAAAAAGGCACUCAUUAACAGGUUAUCAUUUAUUUAGGUUACUAUUUGCCCUGUGUAGUGGCUACAGUAAAGCUUACGAAAUGUCCAAAUACGUCCAAAGACGCGGUCGAGAGCAGCGCAGAGCAGUUUAUGUGCAAUGUUUAACGCCUUUGGCCUGAAGAGGAACUGCGGCGUUCCUGAGUGUCCUGUGCUCUAGAUCCCAUGCCCAUCCUCAGCAUGUCUCCUUUCGAAAGCUGGAGGUAACCAGAGGAUAUCUGCAUUCCCUGGUUCGACAUGGUCCACUGGACCACUGUUCUGGUGCCAUGUAUCUGGAUUCAGGCCCUUGCGACGUGGGUGGCGUCGGACACCUGCCCCUCCGUGUCCAUCGAGUCCGUCAACUUCUCCGUGAACUACCCCAUGCGCUCUUUUCAGACCUCCAACCCCAUCCAGAACAUCGCCGUGAACCCUGUUUACCACGAGGUCUACGUGGGGUCACGGAACCUCAUCGAGGCAGUGAACAGCACUCUGGGUAAGCUCUGGGAGCUGCGCACCGGACCCGUGGGCAGCAAGGAGUGCCGGCUGUGUCGGCUGUGCGACAUCGAGAGCGACCCGUUCGAGGAGGAUACGGACAGCGAGGUGCUGCUGCUCGACACCUUCCUCAUGUACCUGUACUCGUGUGGCAGCUCUCAGUAUGGAGUGUGUUACUUCCACCAGCUCAACGAAAACGGACGGGCGCCGGCGCCCUCCAAGUGCCUUUUCCGCAAAGAAGCCAAUUCCGCCGCUUUCUGCCCGGACUGCAUCGCCAGCCCGUUGGGCACCAAGGUCAGCAUGGUGGAGGAGGGACAGACGGUGUAUUUUUACGUGGCUGCAACGGUUAACGACAGUGUGACGCAGCGGUACGGCCGGAAGUCCGUCUCGGUGCGGCGUCCUUUAGCCACCGAGAAUGGUUUCCACACCGACGUGCAGGGCCUGACGGUGCUGCCCGAGCUGAGGCGGGUGUACCCCAUUGAGUACGUUUACAGCUUCUACACUAAUGACUUUGUCUACUUCCUGUCGGUGCAGAGGGAGAAGGCGGAGCCGCAGGGCACGUCUCCGUAUCAGACGCGACUCGGACGUCUGCCGCGCAACGAAUGGGAAAUGCGCCGCUACCGAGAGGUCGUGCUCGAGUGCCGCUUCGAACCCAAGCGCAGACGCAGGAACGUGGCCGGUUCCGGCGCCAGCGAGGCCUUCAAGGACAUCGUGUACAACGUGGUGCAGGCGGCGCACUUUGGCAGGGCCGGGCGUGAGCUAGCUGACGAGCUUGGCGCAGAGGAAAACGACGACAUUCUGUACGGAGUUUUUGCCGUCACGGACGAUUUGGGUGUCGUCGAGCGUGACUCGGCCCUUUGCGCGUUCCCCAUGGACUGGGUGAACAAGUUCAUCGAUCAAGGAGUGGAGGUCUGCUGCAAAUCCGGACCUGAGCAGCUCUCCCGUGGUCUGUGCCACUUCCAGACCUGCGAAAGCUGCCCACACGAGAGCAUGGAGAAUAAUGUGAGCUGCAGAGAUCAGCCCACUCUGGUGGCCCAGCCGUGUUACAGAGUGGAUCUGUUCAACAGGCAGAUGAGAGACACGUUGCUCACCUCUCUGCUCGUCACCACCAUCGACAACCAAACCCUCGCUCACAUCGGCACGGCCGACGGCAGGCUGCUGCAGUACGUCUUGCGGAGAUCCAGUCCCACCAUCUUUGCCAACUAUUCCCUAGCGCCGAACCAGAGGGUGUCGUCCACCGCCGCCGUGCUUCCUCCAGACCAGCUCCUCUUUGUAGUGGGGAACAAGAUGAUCCAGGUGCCUCAGAGAGGUCCAGGGUGUCUCCACUUCCUCACCUGUGCUGAGUGUCUGAGCGCGCCGAGGUUUAUGGCUUGUGGCUGGUGUUCGGGACGCUGCACCUGGCAGUCUGAGUGUUCAGAGCACUGGGUCAAAGAGUCCUGCCCACCUGUUAUCACCGACUUCUUCCCAAAGAUGGCGCCCCCUAAUGGUCAGACAGAGGUGUCGCUGUGUGGUUUCGAGUUCCAGUCGCCCCACAAACCUGACAUCACCACCAAGACUCACCUAGUGAAGCUCGGAGAAACCAGCUGCUUGGUGCAACCUCAAAAAAGCAACAGCACAGUGCUGACGUGUAAGAUCCGUCCUGGACUAACGGAGCCUCCGUUCAAGCCGACUAACGUCACCGUGAGCGUUCGCGAGGACCGCAAGGAAGACCCUUACUUCAUCAACGGAAUCGACGAAAUGCCUGGAUUCACAUUUGUGCUUCCCAACAUCGACGAGGUGCAGCCGGAUUACGGUCCGAUGAACGGAGGCACCUUGAUCAACAUCACCGGACCUUUCUUACUCUCAGGGAAGACCAGGAAGGUCACUCUGGACGGCAAAGUUUGUCCUAUCAAAGGCGAGUUUAUAGUCCAGGAGAGCCUGUCGUCCAUCGUGUGUCUUUCUCAGCGCGUCAGCGAGGUGAAGGACGUGGUGCUGCAGGUCUAUAUCGAUAAGUUUCACAUCGCCACCACCAGAGUGUUCCGCUACAAGGAGACGCCCGAGAUCCUCUCCGUCCAGCCCGACUGCAGCUUCGACAACGGCUCGCGGAUCACUAUCGAAGGGAAAAAUCUGGACUCCGUCUACAGGACCGUCAUCCACUUCAAACCCAAAGAGAGCCACCUGAAACCAGUUUCCACCGAGUGCCGGGGAAGAGCCAAGCCCACCCAUAUGGAGUGUGUGACCCCGGUCUUCCCCAGAGAUGAGACGGAAGAAGGAGAGCUCUCCUUUGACAUGGAUGGAGCUGUGGGUCUGUGGAAGCAAGACUUCUCCUAUCACCCCUAUGGCAGGCCCAUUCCCUUUGAGACAGAGGGACACGUUCUCACACUCUACCCUGGCUUUGAUGAAGUUUCCUUACAUCACCAGAAGCUGAACCUGGUGAACUCCUGCAUGAAGAUUACCAUGACCGUCGGAGGAGUCGACUGCGGAGCGAAGGUUCUGGAUAACGAGAUCACCUGCCGCAUCCCCAAGAACCUCACCAAUCCUAACGAGGGCUUACCCGUGAAGAUUACAGUCAACGGUCAGGUUCAUGACGUGGGCACGGUCAUUCUGGUCAGCAACCACUACGUCGUGGGCAUCGUGCUCGGCAUUCUGGGAGCUCUGGUGGCCGGUGCGGUGCUGGCUUACGUCACUAUGAAACACCUGAGAAAGAAGAAGACAGAUUCUCUGGCUGAGAGUCGGCUGUCCCACUACUCCCGUAAUCACAGUCUCUCGGGCAACGGCAGUGUCGAGCUCCUGCCUCUCGGAGACUACAGACGAGGAGAACAUGCCUUCAGUCCGACCUCUGUGUCCACUGUGUCUGCCGUGGCGUUUCCAGGCCUGGCCUACGCCAACGCGCUGGACCCCAGCCUCAACCCGCUCCUGCCUUCCGAGAAAAUCUCCAUCUUCAGCUUCCGUCCUGAGCUCCUGGAAGAGGUGAAGGAUGUCCUCAUCUCGGCGUCCAUGCUUAACGUACAGUACCAUCAGAUCAUCGGGAAAGGUCACUUCGGCACAGUUUACCACGGUUACCUAACCACCGACCACAACAACAGGGAAAUCCACUGUGCCGUGAAGUCACUAAGUAACAGAAUAACGGACGUGGAGGAGGUCGAACAGUUUUUGAAGGAGGGGAUUCUGAUGAAGGCUUUCCACCACAGUAAUGUGCUCUCUCUGCUGGGCAUCCUGCUGCCUCACGAAGGGCUCCCCCUAGUGGUGCUGCCCUACAUGAAGCACGGAGACCUGCGUCACUUCAUACGCUGUGAGAACAGGAGUCCCACAGUCAAGGACCUGAUUGGCUUCGGACUUCAGGUUGCUAAGGGGAUGGAGUAUUUGGCGCAGAAGAAGUUUGUGCACAGAGACUUAGCUGCCCGCAACUGCAUGCUGGACGAGUCGUACACGGUGAAGGUGGCAGACUUCGGCAUGGCUCGCGACGUGUUCGAUAAGGAGUACUACAGCAUCCAGGACCACAGGAAAGCUAAGCUGCCUGUCAAAUGGAUGGCCAUCGAGAGCCUGCAGACGCAAAAAUUCACAUCCAAAUCCGACGUGUGGUCCUUUGGGGUUCUGAUGUGGGAGUUAUUGACACGAGGAGCGAGCCCUUACCCAGAGGUCGACCCGUAUGACAUCACACAUUACCUCUUAAGGGGGCGGAGACUCCCUCAGCCACAGUAUUGUCCCGAUCCACUGUUUGCUAUCACGCUGCAGUGUUGGGAUCCGGACCCGGAGCUGAGACCCAGCUUCUCCACGCUAGUCUCUGAGGUGACGGAAAUCCUCUCGGGCCUGGAAGGGGAGCACUACAUCAGCCUGAAGGUGACCUACGUGAACCUGGACCAGCCGCGCCCUUACCCCGCCCUCACCGACUCCGCCGACGAGUGCGAGUGCGAGUCCUCGGACGAAGACACGGCGGGCUCAACCGCCACCUGACCGGCCGCGCGUGCCGUCACUCAUAGAGAAGGUGCUAAGACGUCGAUGCAGAGUCAGUGAUUAUUUCUUUAUUACGUAGCAGCCGCGCUGGGAAGUAAACUUGAACGUGGAAGGAGCACGCUUUCUGUAGCAUGCAGGGAAAGGUGAACGGAGGAAAACUAAGUGCACGCUGCACAAAUUCAGCCCUUGGUUUUAUUCAGAAAUCGCAACGAAUCCACCAAGAUUGGAGCCGAAUCAGAACAUGCGGCAGUUAUUCCAGGGCGAACAGGUGAGAGACUUACAGACUAACAGGGUUUGGUUUGUCCAAGGAUAGCUUGAAAAUAAAAACAUGGAAAAAAAAACGGAGGUCGCGGUUACCGAUAUUCGCAGCAAAUGAGGAAGAGGACUGUAUUCCAUGUCAAUCAUUUCCAGACCUGUAACAUGAUGCUAAUGUACUGUAUGUUCUGUCGUCAUGGUAAUGUAGACUUGUUUAACGAUUUCCCUUUUCAGGAUACAGAUCACGACCUUUAAAACGCCACAUACUUAUUUGUAGCGAACGAAAUCGUGCCGCCGAACAUUAUGACCACGCACAAGAAUUUUAUUACACGGCUGUUUGUGUUUUUAUUUGAAUCCAGUUCUACACAACCAUGCUGUCCAUGUAUUUUCUUUGCCCCUGCACAAGUGGAAACCUUGUCAGGUUUAGUCCACUUGAGCUAAACAGAAACUGUCUCUUUACAGAUCCUGAGCGUUUUGCGUUCACGGUCCGGCAGCACAGCCCACCUCAUUCAGCCGCGGUUCCCAAAACGUUCAAAGAACAAGUUUCACUAUUCUAGUAAAACUAGGAGGCAGAACAAAAAAUCGCACACUGGAUUGUUUAAGAUCCCGUUUUCUACACCGUUCGUCUGAUGCGAGUCUAACGAAAAUGUGUUUGUGUGAACGAUCAGCUCCUGAGUGACGCGACAGAAAGUACUCGCCGGCGUGCCUGAGCAAGAGGCUGAAUCGUGGUGUCUGUGUGGGAGGGGCUUACUCUCUCUCUCUCUCUCUCUCUCUCUCCCACCUGUCAAUCAGUACACGUACAUGUAUGGGGAAGACGGCGGACAGCAGUCGGCCGGCUUCACGUGUCUCGGAGGAAGCACGUGUUGGAGCCGUCGCACGAUAGGGGAGAGCUGGCUGGUGGGUGGGAAUUGGCCAAGAGUAAAUUAGGGAGAAAAUAGGGGAGAAUCCCAAAACUCUUAAACGAAAAAUUGAACAUGAGAUCGAAAACCAUUUGAAAGGUUUUUUUUCUUUUGUGGUAGGAGACGUGAUAAUUAUAAAAAAUUAUAGCAGUGAAAUUCAUAUUCUGUCGUAAUAGUAGAGAAAUAAAUAAUUAAAUUUACGGGUGUAUGCAUCAGGCUUCCACAGGAUGUGCUAUGAUUUCUGUGUGUGAGUUUGUGUGUGUGUGUGUGAGAGGGAGAGGGAGAGCGAGAGAGAUAGAAAGGAAGCGAUUAUAUAAGACGGCAGUAUCACGUUCCUCAGAUACAGUGAUGUUAGCGACAUUAGCCGAGAUGGCGAUUUUGUAAACACGCACAUUUGAGUUUUGUUGACUUUUAUAUUUGUCCAACGUACCUUAGAAGGCAGUGGUCCCAAUUUGCAUCUAGACCACUCAAAGGAAUAUUUAUCUCCGAUAUGCUAACGUGUCUAACACUGAACCGGUUAGCGGGUAGUCUUGUUUAAUUUAGCAUUAACCGGCACCCGCUAGGUUUCGAAAUGCUAAUCUCUGUGACGUACGUGUGUUUAGUGCAGACAAGAAUUUCUCUUAUUUAUAAACAACGUGUUUGGGUCGAGCUAUGCUAAUACGACCGUAACCAUCUCCGAAAGGACGACUUUUACAGCCGUACGGACACGUUCAUAGACACAUCUGCAGGAUCGGGUUCAACAGGCACCGCCUGCCGCGCUACACGCAUCUUAUCUUUAUCUUAUCUAUUGCGAAGCUGUCGUAUUGCUCGUCUCACGUACACACAGUCGCCUCGCGUUUUCACACGGCGAGAGAAAAUCAUGGCGCUAGUCAGCGACGAAUAACGUCUUUCUUUUUUGUCUUAACGUGCGACGCAAGGACGAAACACCAGGUUGCGCUACAUGUUCAUGUCCCCUUAAUUGUGUAUGAAUUCACGUUAACUAGCAAACCAGCUCAAGACGUAUAUUUAUGUUACGUCAGCUAGCGCUUUUUAGCCAGGCCCAUUAACUCUGGACGUGACGCUGGAGCUUUUUCAUCCUCGUUUAAAUGAAUCCAAUUCCAAAAAAUUUCCCUUAAACGUCCGUUUGAAUUGUUUCAAGUCAUUUGUUUCCGUCUCUGUUCCUCACACAUACACCGCGGACGCGACGGAUAAACGUUAGCCCGGAAGACAGCGUUUUGAGUGUUCGCGAUCGCCAUGACGACGUGAGCUGUAGCCGAUGUCCGUUUCGUCUCGUACGUCUGUACGUACUUGUAUGUUUGUAAAUAAAACCGAUGGCACGUAAUUGUCUUAGAUUCUCGAGGCACACGCCGUAUCCGACCGUCGUUCCGUGACCGACCCGACGACGUCGCGUAGCCGUGCGUUUCUCAUUAGAAGCACACGAGAUAGCGUCACGGUGAUUUAUUUUCACUGGCUUUAAUUUGAAGUUCCUGGAACUGUGUAGCGAUUGUACCACGGUUAAUGACAUUUCAUUAAAUAAAAAGAUGUAAAGAAAGACA